AUGGUAGCCCGACUUGAUCCAAACGUUGCGCCAAGGGAUACAGACUUCUACUUUGACAGUGCAUCCUGCAUUUCUUGCUCCGCACCGAUACUCAUAACCCCGCUCAACAAGAUGACCCAGAUCGAGCCUGAUAUUGCGACGAAAGCUCCCGAGAGCGACGCCGCUGAGACUAUCACUGUCACCGAGCCCGUCACCGAAAGCACCUCUGCUGCCGACACUCCGGCUCAAUCCACCAGCCCUACGACGACUACGGGAGGCGCUGGAGAGCACAGCGAACACUGCGUGUCCGACAGACCAACUCCGUCCGGCCAAUCCUCGACGGGAGAGAUAAUCAAGAUCAACGGUGUCGAAGUCUACAUCUCGAAACCCGCCGACUACCCUCAUGCGCCAGCCAGGCUUCUUCUCCUCCUGACGGGAGGCACCGGUCUCAAGUCCACAAAUAACCAGCUUCAAGCCGAUAAGUUUGCUAGUGAGGGCUACGUAGUGGUCAUGCCCGAUCUCUUCAACGGUGAUGCCGCGCCCAAUUCGUCGACCAUCGACAGCAGCGAGGACACCGGAUCGUUCCUGGACACUUUCAAGAUGAAGAUCGUCGAGACGGCCAAGAGUUUCCAAAUUGAUAUGUGGCUGGCGCGACACACAGAGGAGAAGGUUCUGCCGAUUCUCUACAAGGUCAUUGAAGGCUCGAAGGAGAAGUUCGCCGAUGCGGUGAAGAACGGCGACGGCAUCUACGCUGUCGGCUACUGCAUUGGAGGACGCUAUAUCCUUCACUUGGGCUCAGACAAGAAGGUCGCGACAGGAGGUCAAGGACUUGCCGAUGCCGAGGCCGGCGAAGUGAAGACUGGUCCUUUCAUCAAGGUCGGCGCGAUAGCACACGGUGCUUCUGUCACCCCUGAUGACUUCACGGGCGUCAAAGUCCCCAUAUCUCUCGUCUGCGUUGAGAAUGAUCCUCUGUUCCCUGAGGAGGUCAGAACACAUGGCGAGGACGUCAUGUCAAAGGCAAACCUCGAACACGAAGUUCAGGUGUACCCCGGCGUGCCGCAUGGUUUCGCUGUUGUUGGCGAAUAUCAGGACGCAGCUAUCAAGGAUGCUCAGACUACCGCUUACGACCAAAUGCUGAAGUGGAUCAAGGAACAUUGA